CUCCUACGCGUUUGUUUAUGCAAAUGAGGUUAAUUUGUCUCCACCCCCAAAAUGACCUCAUAUUUAUAACUUGUAAUUAUCAAGAGUAUAAUAAGAUCACGACGGCGUACUCCGGGCUAAUUAUCUCUCUGAAUUAAUAUAUAAUAAUCGUGAUCUGGUAUAGGAUCUAUAUAACAUAAUAGCAGUUUAUCUCAAAUAUUUGGAAUUUUUACAGAAAUAACAGAACCGGAAAAAAUGGAUUACUCUUAUGCAGUGUUCGUUUUAUUAUAUACUUUUUCAGUUUCAAAUACUGUUUCUGCAGCACCAAGAACACGUCCAAAGGGGCCCAUCUGCUCGUCAAACCAGGGACUGUGUGGAGUAACAUUUGAUAUUAGCGAAACAGAUCCAAUUGUAGGUCAUUUUAAGCACACAUCCGCUUCACAGAUAUGUGACUGCCCCGGACAAAAGAUCUGUCCAAACAACACGACAGACUCAUCACGUGUGAUUUAUCAAGAAAUGAUUUCUCCAGGUCAGACAAUCACGACGCAUUUAAGUUACUGCGAAAGGAAAUCAUUUCCUAAACGAGAUUGUAAACAAAACGAGGUUGCCAUGACGUUACGUGGCGUUGGACCAGUCAUCACCGAGAUUGUUGGUGACGUCAAAUGCAGAUGUUCCAGUCCACUCGUUUUGCACAGAGCUUUUCCCGAUGGAAUGUAUUCCGUUAGAGAAUAUACGUGUGGCAAGCCUAUGUGUAAUGUGAACAGUAGCAAGCCACCUGUCUGUGAACGCGUCAUGUACUCUAGAUCAAUGUUUGGCUACAGCACGACGUCGGAAAUACCGUGCCAAUGUCCAGACGGGUUCGUCUGUAACACAGAUGACUCUACUGCACUUAACUCAAUGUUUCAAAAACCUGUUGAGUUUGUGUGUGAACUGUCACUUUAAUUAAAUGACUUGAAGAACAAAAACAAUAAAAAGCUGUUUAAAAUACACUCCUUGUUGAUAAUUAGUGAUUUUUGUGCAGAUUCAUUAAAUAAUUAAAUUUUUGGACAUGACUUUAGAUAUUGCAUACUGAAAAUAGCAAAAUUAUGAGAACUCUUUAAUUAUGUUCAGACUGCUAAAAAAUCAGUUCUGGACAAGAUUGUUGUUAGAUUUAACAAGAAAUAUAUUAUUUUGAUAUUUAAUGUAUAUUUCAAGUAAUAUUUUCUAAAGCUAUAUACCUCUGUUGAUGCUAGUUUUCAUAUCAUAGUUCUAUUAAACGACCUAUUGUAAAUUUG